AUGCGAUGUCAUCAAAUCAGGAGAUGUCAGGUGAAAAGGACAGGGGGAGAAGGGAACGGGGACAGGUUAAAUGAUUUGGGGUGGGAAGCACAAGUGACGAGAAAAGAACAUUAUUGCGCUGAUGAUAGUGGUGACAACAACGUUGGAAUAGAAACAACCAGUUCCUUCACCCGACCGAUGCAAUUUGUUCCCCUUGCUAUACAGUUUGCCUUAAACAAGUUAGACCAAACGCAUUCAAAAGGGGAAGUCUAUAACAACGUCAAGAAUGUUUCGAAAAAAUCAAGUUUGAUUCUUGUAGGCGACAAAAGCAUUGAACAAGUGUUUAAGCUGAAUACUACUCCCUUCAAACAAACCAAUUUUUUCCCAGCACUUCAUUUGAAAUCAGCCUAA